ACCGCGAAGCCUCUGGAGCUCUGGAAUCUCCUUUACUUAACAACAAGGCAAAUCCAAUUCGAAAGAUCAAAUCUGAAACCCUAAUCCCAAACCCCAGCAAUGGAGAGGCGAGGCUCCCGAUCGAACGGAAUGCUGCCGCUACUAGCUCUCCACGCCGCCAGCGAGUACUACCGGCUCGACAGGAAGCCGCCGGUCACCGCCGCUCUCAUCGCCGCCAAUUCCCUCGUCUACUUACGCCCGGCGUUCCUUGAACCCAUCCUCCCUUCCAUCCACGACGUCUGGUUCAACCCUCACCUCAUCCUCAAGAAUAAUGACUUGAAGAGGUUCUUAUUGUCACCGUUUUACCAUGUGGGAGAGUCUCAUCUGGUUUACAAUAUGCUGUCCCUUUUAUGGAAGGGAAUUAAGUUAGAGUCGUCUAUGGAUAGCACCGAAUUCGCGUCCAUGGUUGCUGUCUUACUCGGCAUGUCCCAAGGGAUCACAUUGCUGCUUUCGAAAGCGCUGCUGGUUUUGUUUGACUAUGAGAGGGCGUAUUACUCGGAGUAUGCUGUUGGGUUUUCCGGGGUGAUAUUUGCGAUGAAGGUGGUUCUGAAUUCACGGUCAGGGAACUAUAGUUAUGUGCAUGGGAUUCCCAUGCCAUCGCGUUAUGCUGCGUGGGCGGAGUUGGCUCUUAUUCAGAUGCUGGUGCCUGGUGUGUCUUUUAUCGGCCAUUUGGGUGGAAUUCUUGCGGGGCUUCUGUAUCUGCGGAUGAGGGGUGCGUAUUCGGGUUCAGACCCAAUUACUUUAGUUAUUAGAGGUGUUACUGAUGUGCUGAGAUUGCCGAUGAGGUUUUUGAGACGAGUGUUUCCGUUUAGACGGAGGCAGGUAUCUGGUAGAGGACAGGUUGGUGGGACUCAUAGAGGAAUCAAUCUGGCAGAUUGGAGGUGCAAUGCUUGUACAUAUGAGAAUUCUGGGUGGUUAGAUGCGUGUGAAAUGUGUAGCACCAUCAGGAAUGACAAUGACAAUGGCAACACCAUGGCGUCGCAUCCCUUGCCACAUUAUUCCCGCGACCUUACUUUGGAAGAAUUAAGGCAACUAAGGUUGGAAAGAUUUGCUAGAUGAUAGGGUAUUCACUCUAAAUGAUUAUAAGUACAGUUGCCGAUCUGGCAUUCGGUCUGUUAUAUGAUUUGGUUGGAAUGAGGUCAUUUGUUUUGUGCUUAUUUAAUGUAGCUAACCUAUGUUUGUUCAAAUAAGUACUAUGAACUAUCAUUGUUUAAUUGUUAAUCACUUAGAAUAGUUUAUA